AUGGAAGUUCCAUAUACAGCCACCCGGGAAGAGACACUUGCAAGUUACAUAGCUUUUAUCACCAACAUUGUCAACCAGCACACAGUAAGUUAUAAAAAGGCAAACUACCUCAAAACCAGCAAUGACCAUCAAAGUGGAGAAUCUUUGCUUGUACAGCCAUUCCUUAGUAUGCUAGUUUGCAUCACAAGAAAAAGAGUGGCAUACUUAAAGCUAAAGUUCAAGUGCUUUGAGAUUCUGUUUCAUGGUUAUUCUUUCUCAAGGGAUGUGUUGAAAGAGGAACUUAAAAGAAUCUUUUCCAGCCUUGCAAGCACUUUUCUGAGACAGGGAUUAGGCAUGUCUUCGUACUCAAUCAUGGAACUGUACCAUAUCUUACAGUUGUUGAUAGACUUUAAUAAUACGGAGUUGAUUAAUGACCUGAAGCUUGAGCUGACUGGGCUGCUUCUAAUUAGAGACAACAAAACUGUGGAUUACGUUAGAAUAUUGCUGAAAAAGAUGUUUACAUCCAAAUAA